CGUAAACUGCUCGAAAGAUUUGACAGUUAUAGUUAUUUUGAAUAUCUAAGAUAAGGGAAGAUACACAAUUCUCCUAUUCUAUGUGGGUAUGGCUUCCACACCAAGUACUUGUGCAUCGGUUCUUCUCUUCUUUAUCACUCUUUUGUCUUCAGUUUCUGCAACAGUGGUAGACGACCUUGCUAAUUUGCAUCCACCUUCUGAUUUUAACACAACAAUUAUUUCCAACUGUAUGAAAGACACAUCUCUCAGGUACUGCAGUUCAUCUCCAACGGCUAUGGACCUCAAUGAGAUCUUUAGAUUCACCAUUGUUGCUAGUCAUCUCUGUAACGAAUCAAAGAAUCCCAAUUGUGUUGAAUCAUUCCCCAAAAUAGACCUUCGAAGCCGUCCCAAGAUUACCCCACUCUACUUAUCAUUCAGUUUUUUCUGGAAAUAUUGUCCCAUCACCAUCCUCUCCAUUAAUCUCUCCAACAAUUCUCUAAAGGGAAGUUUCCCAACUGAUGUCCUUCUGUGCACACAAAUCCAGGCUCUUGAUUUGAGUCACAAUGAUCUUUCAGGGGAUGUCCCAAUACAAAGCUUCUCUCCUCUUACCAAUCUUACCCUUCUCAAUCUUUCCUACAAUCAAUUUUCGGAGAGUAAGAUCUCAGAUUCCCAGUUCUUCAAACGGUUUAAUUCUUCGAGUUUUCUCAAUUCAGGUCUCCUCCCAAAUCACCAAGAAUAUCGGGUGAAGGCUGUAAUAUUAUUGCUUGGCUUUCCAAUCGUUGUCAUUCUGAUGGUGGGUUGCUUGUGGUGGCUGUGUUUUCGAAGGCCUGAUUUCCUACCAAAAGCGCUUCAGAAUAAGCACAAAUUCACAAAUUCAAUGUUGAAGGCGGCCACCAACGGGUUCUCAAAGAAGAAUAAGGUGGGAAAGAGUGAGGGUUUUGCUAUAUAUAGAGGAAUCUUAAGAGAUGGCACUGAAGUGAGGAUUGAAAUCUACUUGAAUAACGUCAUUUCAAGGGAAAACCGCAGGAAGUUUGUUCAGGAAUGUAAAGUUCUUGUUCAGUUGUGCCACAAGAACUUAGUAAAAGUAUAUGGUUGGUGUAGUAAUCGAACUUUGAGCGCCCGUGUUACUGAAUGGACAGGUGAAGAGAGUGUUGAGAUGUGGCUAUCAGAAUCAGCGCCAUCCUGGAAGCUCAGGUUGAAAGUGUUGGUGGGAGUUCUGAAAGGCAUGUGUUAUCUUCAGGAGCAAUGGCCUGAGGUUGAUUAUGAUCUCAGGACAAGCGGUGUUUUGAUACAUCAAAGUACGGAGCCUUUAAUUGCAAGGUUUAAAGUUGGCGAAAACAGCAGCAGAAAGAAAAUUUACAGGUUCGGAGUUUUUCUGCUGGAGAUGAUGACAAACGGGAGGCUGGGGAAAGAGUUUGAGGGGAGUGAAGCAGGGUUUUUUGAGUACGUUAAAACACAGUAUCCUGGAAAUUUGCUGAAGGUGAUCGAUGAGAGAAUGAAACUGACAGAGAAUACAUUUGAUCAAGCUAAACAGGCAAUAGGCAUUGGAUUAACAUGCACAGAUCAUUCAACAAAUCGGCAUCUUCGCUUGGGUCAGAUUUCUAACAUGAUCACUAGAAUCUAUGAGUCUUGCCUGGUUUUGGCUUCUCAAAAUCAUAGCAAGUCUCGUGCUAAGGGAGGAAGAACUUGUAGUCAUAAUUUCCAUCCGAAAUUGAUUUAUAAGGAUCCUCUCUAUCGACUAUGGAUAAAUAUAUUUGAGUGUGAGGACAGGGGAGAGCCAGUGAGGAGUUUUGUUUUGAGCAACAUUGAAGAAAUCAAAGCAGAUCUGUGUAGGAUUAGGUCUCAUGAAGCAACAAUUACUGAAAGCAUUUAUGAGAAAACUAACAGAUUGUUCAGUUUAAAAAGCACUAUCAUUUAUCAACUGCUUUUAAUUGGUCAAUACGUAAUAGAUGAUAACCUUCAUUUUAUACAGCUCAGGUUCAUUACUUAUGCAGGAAUAGCAGCCACUUAUGUGCUAAGUUCACUUUUCUCAACCUUCGGUAACAAUUUUAGUCGGUUUGAGUUGGUUAAAGUUAGGUUGAUAAUUGAGCCAACUCAAGUUGAAAUCAUGACAAGCUUGAACUUGACUCAAGACCGGGAACAUAACUUGAAAAUUUUUUGA